UUGACGGCGUCUCGGCGAGACAAAGUACGGGGGGAAUCAGCUGGCGAACGCUGACCUUCGUCGAGUCUUAGUUAGUUUGACAGUUUUCCGGAAUCUGGAUCGCGAUGUCGGAAAUAUGCGAGCGUGCGGAAAGUGCUCGAAGGCUGAAUACGAAGGAUAACGCGUAGAACGCGCGCACCGAACGCGUUUAUGUCCCGCUGAAUUUUCACGUCGACGAAGCGCGAUGAAUUUACCAUCCCGAGAGUGUCUUUUAAUUGUUGAUACACUUGUGAUCGUUAUUUGUAAGCGAAUCACGUCGUCGUUUUAAGUAGCAUUUUAAUUUCAGAAUCUCCCCCGUCUCUCGACCCUGUAAGGACUUGACACAUAGAUCUUGAUAAUGUUUGUGUAUCUGAGCAAGAAGAUCUCCAUACCGAAUAACUUUCGACUGAACUGCAUAGCAUGGAACCAAAAGGACGGCUACAUCGCCGUCGGGGGAGAGGAUGGCCUGCUGAAGGUGCUGCGGGUGGAUUCCAGUGUCAGUGGGUCACACAGCGGUGGAAGAUCCCGAGGCUUGGCUGCGGCUAGUAACCUGAGCAUGAACCAGCCGUUGGAGGGGCACAACGGUCACGUUCAAGUGGUCACGUGGAACGAGGAGCAUCAGAAACUAACGUCGAGCGACCAGAACGGAGUGAUAAUCGUUUGGAUGAUGUACAAGGGUUCAUGGUACGAGGAGAUGAUAAACAACCGCAACAAGUCGGUGGUGAAAGGCAUGGCGUGGAGCUGCGACGGUCAGAAGAUCUGCAUAGUCUACGAGGACGGGGCCGUGAUCGUCGGCUCCGUCGACGGCAACCGGAUCUGGGGCAAGGAGCUGAAGAACAUCGUGCUGUCCGCCGUGCAAUGGUCACCGGACGGUAAGUUGCUUCUGUUCGGCUUGAAGAACGGGGAAGUCCAUCUCUACGAUAAUCAGGGUGUGUUCCUGACGAAGUUGAAUGUACUCUCGUUGAACACCAGUCAGCUGCAAACGAUCACGGCGUUGCAGUGGUACGACGGGAAGAACGGCUACGUCGCCGUCGACUGUCCCACAUUGGCGAUCUGUUAUCGCAACGGUAGGAUACAGCUGAUGCGCGACACCAACGACGACAAUCCGAUUACAAUGGAGACCGGCCUGACCGCCUCCUGGUGCUGCUGGAACAGUUGCGGCUCCCUCUUGGCGGUCACCGGUAUGAUGCCGUUGCUCAACAACGGGGAGACCAAAGACACCAAUGUUAUCCAGUUCUACACGCCGUUCGGCGAGCAUAUGAGGACCCUGAAGAUACCGGGCAGGGAGGUGACGUGUUGCGCAUGGGAGAGAGGCUCCCUCCGGGUCGCACUGUCUGUCGACUCGCACAUAUAUUUCGCGAAUAUCCGACUGGACUACAAGUGGACCUACUUCGGCAACACGGUGGUCUUCACGAACGAGAAGGUCGGCAAGGACGGCACCUGCGUCACGUUCUGGAACACCAGCGGCAAUACGUGUUGCACCAAAUACGUGAGAUCCCUGAUAUCGAUAGCCUCGUACGGGGAGCACUGUGUGCUGUCCGUGAAGAACGAUCCCGCUCAGGCCACCGAGCAAUACGCCCUGCUCGUCUGCAACACUAUAGCCACGCCCAUAGACUCCAAGUUCCUCGACCUGGAGCCGUUGUACCUGGCGAUGACCGCGAAUGCGGUGGUGGCCGCCUCGAGGAACAACUUCCUGCUGUGGAACUUCCGGACGCCGCGCAACUCGAGCUUCCACCCGGGCAGGAUGCGCAAGUACAAGAUCUACCACGUGGACGAGACGCCGACCGGUGUGACCGAGGUUAUCCAGGACCUGGACAAGGACGGGUCGUACGAGACGCCCAUCAGCACGAAGCCCACCGUCGACCCCAUUUGCUGCGUCUGCGCCACUGAGAAGGUCCUCCUGGUCGGCCGGGAGUCGGGGAUGAUUCAGCGUUACUCGCUGCCGCAGAUCACGCUCUUGAACAGGUACAACACCGCGUGCAGGCUGCACCGGAUCGCCGUGAAUUGCGACUCCACGCGCGCCUCCAUCACCGACGCCAACGGUAUCCUCAGCAUGCUGGACCUGGACCCACAGAGAACGCCGGGCUCGCGGGGGGACUCGCGGGACGGGGAUUCGGCCGACGACGUGUCCAAAUUCGAGAGGAAGGACGUCUGGGCCGUGUGCUGGGCGCGGGACAAUCCCUCCCUCCUGGCGAUUAUGGAGAAGACCAGGAUGUACGUUCUGCGCGGGAUCGACCCGGAGGAGCCCAUAUCCUGCUCCGGCUAUAUCUGCUCGUUCCAGGACCUCGAGAUACGUUGCGUGCUGCUGGACGAGCUCGUGUUAAAGCCGGACGACACGCGUAAGGAGCUGAUCGUCGAUCUCGAGGUGAAGUCCCUGAGGGACACGCGGGAGCUGCUGGCCAAGGUGGGCUUGAGGGAGGCGAACAACUUCAUCCAGGACAAUCCGCACCCCCGCCUCUGGCGGCUGCUGGCCGAGUCGGCGCUUACCAAGCUGGACCUGGAGACCGCGGAGAACGCGAUGGUGCGUUGCACCGAUUACCUCGGCAUACAGUUCAUCAAGCGGCUGCAGAACGUGCACAACGAUCAGCUGAAGCGGGCCGAGGUAGCCGCGUUCCUCGGCGACUACGAGGAGGCUGAGAAGCUCUACCUGGACAUGGACAGGAGGGACCUGGCGAUCGCGCUGCGCCAGAAGCUGGGCGACUACUUCCGGGUGGUGCAGCUGAUGAAGAUGGGCAUCGGCGGUUCGGACAGGCAGAUGGAGCACGCGUACAACAAGAUCGGCGAUCACUUCGCCGAGAGGCAGAACUGGGAGGGCGCCCGGGACUACUACGAGAAAGGCAGAAACCUGGAGAAGCUCAUACAGUGUUACUACAAGCUGGAGGACUUCCCCCAGCUGGCGGCCACCGUCGAUCAGCUGCCGGACAAGAGCCCCGUACUGAAGACCGUGGCGAGGAUGCUGGCCUCGGUGGGUAUGUGCUCGCAGGCGGUGGCGGCUUACAUCAAGUACGGCGACGUCAAGCUAGCCGUGGACACGUGCGUCCGCCUGAACCACUGGGACCAAGCGGUCGAGCUCGCCAGGACCUACAAGAUGGCGCAGAUCGGCGAGCUGCUGAACAAAUACGCCAGUCAUCUGCUGUCGAACGGCAAACGCCUGCAGGCGAUCGAGCUCUACAAGAAGGCGAAUUACAACCUGGAGGCGGCGAAGCUGCUGUUCCGUCUGGCCGAGGAGCAGGCCAGGUGCAGGUCGCACCCUCUGCGCGUGAAGAAGAUCUACGUUCUCGCGGCGUUGCUGAUCGAGGAGCACAUAAACAGCGUGCCGGCGAUCAAAGGCGGCCGCAGCAACGUCGUGAUGGGCCUGACCGAGAGCAACGAGGACACCAGGAUCAUAGAGAACGCCUGGCGCGGUGCCGAGGCCUAUCAUUUUCUCCUGCUCACCCAUCGGCAGCUGUUCGACGGCAGUUUCGACGCGGCGAUCAGGACGGCUCUGCGACUACGCGAGUACGAGGACAUAUUGGAAGCGGAGGACGCCUAUUGCCUGUUGGCGCUGUCGAGCGCCGUCGGUCGCGCGUUCGCCACCUGCUCGAAGGCCUUCGUCAAGUUGGAGUCGCUCGAGACGGUCGCGCCGAACAAGCGGGAGGAGUACGAGGAACUUGCGGUGGAUAUCUUCACGAAGCACGUGCCGAAGGACUCCCGCAGCAGCAAGGCGGAAUGCGUCAACUGCGAGACCCUGGUGCCCGACUGGUGCGUCUCGUGUCCGAACUGUUCGGCCCGCUUCCCCGCCUGCGUCGUCUCGGGGAAGCCGUUGAUGGAUCUCAGCGCCGCGUGGAUCUGCACCGUCUGUCGGCAUCACGUGGCGACCGAGCGCGACGUCGUCAACAUCAACGCCUGUCCUCUCUGCCACAGCACCAUCACGUACAUGUGAACGCUAGUCGAGAGCGACUCGGGCCGGUCACCUGGACAACUUAGUGGUCGAAAUUGCUCGCACUCAUGAGAUAGUUUUUUUUUUUUCGGCAGCCAUACGCCUGUUUUGCUUCUUCUGCCUCUUCCGCCUCGUCGAGCCGAACGACCGACAGUCCUUGGCGCGUAAUUUCAGGACCGACGAAUUUUGUAAAACCUGCAAGGCGCUCUUUAAUUAAUGAAAAGUUCGUAUCGAGAUCACGAUAGUUCCACGGUAGACGCAAUUAUAACGGCGUAAUUGGCCACAGUUAUGUAAGAAAAAUCCAAUCCAUAUGGAGUACGUUUCGGGAGGAAUGAAAGUGAAAAUUUGAUACGUGAUUUAAAAGUAUGAAUAGCACCAGGGUUCUCUGCAAUCGUUCAAGAAUUUAACGCUAAAACUAUCAAAGCGGUGAGAUGACUGGUUUGUAAUUUUUUUUUUCUUAUGAAAGUUACUCCUAUCUCUAAUGGUGCAUUUUCCGAGAUUAACCAUAAUUUUUGUCGCAAUUUGUGAAUGAAUAUUUUUCCCUUUGCAUUACGCAUUCUUUCAAAAAUCUUAUUUAAACAGGCUCCGAUAGAAAAGUGCACGUUAUUCGUCGUUGAUAAUUUUAAUGUUAAGCACACAUGAUCCAUUUUUUCUUUUUUUUUUUUAAUAUCAUUGACAAGCUUAACCUUUAAAAAAAUGAGAACCUUUAAAGAAAGAGGUAAAUUUAGUAAAAAAAAAAAUGGCACAAUUGGUAGAAAAUAAAAAUUAUUUUUUCUUUUUUAUUAAUUUUAAGCACCCACAAGACUUGGAUCUUUUUAUGUAGAAAGACUUUUUAUGUAUGAAUUAUCCAUUGAUACUCAUCAACCAUUGGUCUUGAAAAACAUGAUUUAAAAACUCCCAAAAAGGGAGUGUCUCAGAGAUCUUAUGAAGUUGACAGAGUCUUGAGGUUGAACGCAACGACGUUGUAACUUAAAUUGCACCGUCAAAGGAUGAACGGGAGAGGCAAAAGGAAGAAAAUAGGCUCUCGACAAUUACCUCGAAAGUGCAAGUAAUUCCGAGCGCUAAUUUAGAGCGAUACACAUAGUAUAAUUACACAUAGUAUAAUUAUAUUUGAGGCAAUCGUAGUAUUAAGUUCUGUUACACGGAUAGUUGUGUGAUGCAUUUAUUCUCUAUACACUGAAGUACAAGCUCUUGUUAAUUUUAUGCUAUUUUCUUACAAGAUGUGUCAUAGAUCGAUUUUCAUAGUCCGGUCUUAUUUUUAAGAUUGUCUUCAGUUUGCCUUCAGAUGCUCUAUAACCAAUCAGACGAUCUGCACAGCAUCUGAAGAUAAAUUGAAGAAUAAAUCUUCAAGAAAUCGAACUUUUUAUUCUUAUUUUAAUUUCUUAAAUUGAAGAAUAAAUCUUAAAUUUUAGAUUUGACUAUGAAUACCGCUCAUAGUAGUAGUAUAUGUGAUAAUUCUCUCUUUUUUUAGAUAAUAAUUUUUCGAGACAGGGUGGGCGAUUUCCCUUGACACAGUAUAUCAUAAGAAAUCCCGUAAGUUUAUGAAAACCUGUGAAAUAUUGUGCUGUGCGCAUUAUAAGGUUCCGUCCAAUUUUUCCGUCCAAUGUUGCUAAUUAAAUGAUCUCGGAAUGUUCCGGUACGAAAUAGCUAUAUCUUAAAUUUGUUUAUUUAUUUAGUAUAUUAAAAUAAAAUGUUUAAAAUAAAUUUAAUAUUUUAAAACAAAACGACCUUUGAACAAUAAAUUACGUGGUCUUGACUCGGCCCUUAAUCGGGAUUCAAAUCCACGAUCAUAACACUU